AUGAAUCGGGAAGGAAGUGGCGCUAGGCAAAUCGUUGACGAGACGGACACGGCUGGCGUAACAUAUCCAUUCUAUUGUGCCUUCGAUCCUUUCCUGCCGGGAUGCCCACUGGCUCCUACAACAGCAAAGACAACUCCUGAACCGACAACACCGAAAACAACAACCGUGGAGACUACGACAGUAAAGACGACUCCCAUGCCGACAACUCCGAAAACAACUACAGUAAAGACUACCACAGUGAAGACGACUCCAGAGCCGACAACACCUAAAACAACAACCGUGGAGAGUACAACGGUAAAGACGACUCCUGAACCGACAACGCCGAAAACAACAACCGUGGAGACUACAACAGUAAAGACGACUCCUGAGCCAACAACUCCGAAAACAACUACAGUAAAGACUACCACAGUGAAGACGACUCCAGAGCCGACAACUCCGAAAACAACGACCGUGGAGACUACAACAGUGAAUACGACUCCUGAGCCGACAACUCCGAAAACAACAACCGUGGAGACUACAACAGUGAAGACGACUCCAGAGCCGACAACUCCGAAAACAACGACCGUGGAGACUACAACAGUGAAUACGACUCCUAAGCCUAUAACUCCGAAAACAACUACAGUAAAGACUACCACAGUGAAGACGACUCCAGAGCCGACAACUCCGAAAACAACAACCGUGGAGACUACAACGGUAAAGACGACAUCUGAACCGACAACUCCGAAAACAACUACAGUGAAGACUACGACAGUACAGACGACUCCUGAACCGACAACUCCGAAAACAACGACCGUGGAGACUACAACAGUGAAUACGACUCCUGAGCCGACAACUCCGAAAACAACGACCGUGGAGACUACAACAGUGAAUACGACUCCUGAGCCGACAACUCCGAAAACGACAACCGUUAAGACUACAACAGUAAAGACGACUCCAGAGCCUACAACUCCGAAAACAACAACCGUGGAGACUACAACAGUAAAGACGACUCCUGAGCCUACAACUCCGAAAACAACUACAGUAAAGACUACCACAGUGAAGACGACUCCAGAGCCUACAACUCCGAAAACAACAACGGUGAAGACUACGACAGUAAAGACGACUCCUGAACCGACAACUCCGAAAACGACAACCGUUAAGACUACAACAGUAAAGACGACUCCAGAGCCUACAACUCCGAAAACAACAACCGUGGAGACUACAACAGUGAAUACGACUCCUGAGCCGACAACUCCGAAAACAACUUCAGUAAAGACUACCACAGUGAAGACGACUCCAGAGCCGACAACACCUAAAACAACAACCGUGGAGAGUACAACGGUAAAGACGACUCCUGAACCGACAACUCCGAAAACGACAACCGUUAAGACUACAACAGUAAAGACGACUCCAGAGCCUACAACUCCGAAAACAACUACAGUGAAGACUACGACAGUAAAGACGACUCCUGAACCGACAACUCCGAAAACAACAACCGUUAAGACUACAACAGUAAAGACGACUCCAGAGCCUACAACUCCGAAAACAACUACGGUGAAGACUACGACAGUAAAGACGACUCCUGAACCGACAACUCCGAAAACGACAACUGUUAAGACUACAACAGUGAAGACGACUCCAGAGCCGACAACACCUAAAACAACAACCGUGGAAAGUACAACGGUAAAGACGACUCCUGAACCGACAACGCCGAAAACAACAACCGUGGAGACUACAACAGUAAAGACGACUCCUGAGCCUACAACUCCGAAAACAACUACAGUAAAGACUACCACAGUGAAGACGACUCCAGAGCCAACAACUCCGACAACAACUACAGUGAAGACUACCACAGUGAAGACGACUCCAGAGCCGACAACACCUAAAACAACAACCGUGGAAAGUACAACGGUAAAGACGACUCCUGAACCGACAACUCCGAAAACGACAACCGUUAAGACUACAACAGUAAAGACGACUCCUGAACCGACAACUCCGAAAACAACGACCGUGGAGACUACAACAGUGAAUACGACUCCUGAGCCGACAACUCCGAAAACAACGACCGUGGAGACUACAACAGUGAAUACGACUCCUGAGCCUACAACUCCGAAAACAACUACAGUAAAGACUACCACAGUGAAGACGACUCCAGAGCCGACAACUCCGAAAACAACAACCGUGGAGAGUACAACGGUAAAGACGACUCCUGAGCCUACAACUCCGAAAACAACUACAGUAAGGACUACCACAGUGAAGACGACUCCAGAGCCGACAACACCUAAAACAACAACCGUGGAAAGUACAACGGUAAAGACGACUCCUGAGCCGACAACUCCGAAAACAACGACCGUGGAGACUACAACAGUGAAUACGACUCCUGAGCCGACAACUCCGAAAACAACGACCGUGGAGACUACAACAGUGAAUACGACUCCUGAGCCUACAACUCCGAAAACAACUACAGUAAAGACUACCACAGUGAAGACGACUCCAGAGCCGACAACUCCGAAAACAACAACCGUGGAGAGUACAACGGUAAAGACGACUCCUAAGCCUAUAACUCCGAAAACAACUACAGUAAAGACUACCACAGUGAAGACGACUCCAGAGCCGACAACUCCGAAAACAACAACCGUGGAGACUACAACGGUAAAGACGACAUCUGAACCGACAACUCCGAAAACAACUACAGUGAAGACUACCACAGUGAAGACGACUCCAGAGCCGACAACUCCGAAAACAACAACCGUGGAGACUACAACGGUAAAGACGACAUCUGAACCGACAACUCCGAAAACAACUACAGUGAAGACUACCACAGUGAAGACGACUCCAGAGCCGACAACUCCGAAAACAACAACCGUGGAGACUACAACGGUAAAGACGACAUCUGAACCGACAACUCCGAAAACAACUACAGUGAAGACUACGACAGUACAGACGACUCCUGAACCGACAACGCCGAAAACAACAACCGUGGAGACUACAACAGUAAAGACGACUCCAGAGCCGACAACUCCGAAAACAACAACCGUGGAGACUACAACGGUAAAGACGACAUCUGAACCGACAACUCCGAAAACAACUACAGUGAAGACUACCACAGUGAAGACGACUCCAGAGCCGACAACUCCGAAAACAACAACCGUGGAGACUACAACGGUAAAGACGACAUCUGAACCGACAACUCCGAAAACAACUACAGUGAAGACUACGACAGUACAGACGACUCCUGAACCGACAACUCCGAAAACAACGACCGUGGAGACUACAACAGUGAAUACGACUCCUGAGCCGACAACUCCGAAAACAACGACCGUGGAGACUACAACAGUAAAUACGACUCCUGAGCCGACAACUCCGAAAACAACAACCGUCGAGAGUACAACGGUAAAGACGACUCCUGAACCGACAACGCCGAAAACAACAACCGUGGAGACUACAACAGUAAAAUCAACUCCUGAGCCUACAACUCCGAAAACAACUACAGUAAAGACUACCACAGUGAAGACGACUCCAGAGCCUACAACUCCGAAAACAACAACGGUGAAGACUACAACAGUAAAGACGACUCCUGAACCGACAACUCCGAAAACGACAACCGUUAAGACUACAACAGUAAAGACGACUCCAGAGCCUACAACUCCGAAAACAACAACCGUGGAGACUACAACAGUGAAUACGACUCCUGAGCCGACAACUCCGAAAACAACUACAGUAAAGACUACCACAGUGAAGACGACUCCAGAGCCGACAACACCUAAAACAACAACCGUGGAGAGUACAACGGUAAAGACGACUCCUGAACCGACAACUCCGAAAACGACAACCGUUAAGACUACAACAGUAAAGACGACUCCAGAGCCUACAACUCCGAAAACAACAACCGUGGAGACUACAACAGUAAAGACGACUCCUGAGCCUACAACUCCGAAAACAACUACAGUAAAGACUACCACAGUGAAGACGACUCCAGAGCCUACAACUCCGAAAACAACAACGGUGAAGACUACGACAGUAAAGACGACUCCUGAACCGACAACUCCGAAAACGACAACCGUUAAGACUACAACAGUAAAGACGACUCCAGAGCCUACAACUCCGAAAACAACAACCGUGGAGACUACAACAGUGAAUACGACUCCUGAGCCGACAACUCCGAAAACAACUUCAGUAAAGACUACCACAGUGAAGACGACUCCAGAGCCGACAACACCUAAAACAACAACCGUGGAGAGUACAACGGUAAAGACGACUCCUGAACCGACAACUCCGAAAACGACAACCGUUAAGACUACAACAGUAAAGACGACUCCAGAGCCUACAACUCCGAAAACAACUACAGUGAAGACUACGACAGUAAAGACGACUCCUGAACCGACAACUCCGAAAACAACAACCGUUAAGACUACAACAGUAAAGACGACUCCAGAGCCUACAACUCCGAAAACAACUACGGUGAAGACUACGACAGUAAAGACGACUCCUGAACCGACAACUCCGAAAACGACAACUGUUAAGACUACAACAGUAAAGACGACUCCAGAGCCUACAACUCCGAAAACAACUACGGUGAAGACGACGACAGUAAAGACGACUGCAGAGCCGACAACUCCCAAGACAACCACCGUUAAGACUACAACAGUAAAGAUGACUCCAGAGCCGACAACUCCGAAAACAACUACAGUGAAGACUACGACAGUAAAGACGACUCCUAAACCGACAACUCCGAAAACGACAACCGUUAAGACAACAACAGUAAAGACGACUCCAGAGCCGACAACUCCGAAAACAAGUACAGUGAAGACUACAACAGCAAAGACAACUCCCAAGCCGACAACUCCAAAAACAACUACAGUGAAGACUACAACAGUAAAGAUAACUCCUAAGCCAACAACUCCGAAAACAACUACAGUGAAGACUACAACAGUAAAGACAACUCCCAAGCCGACAACUCCGAAAACAACUACAGUGAAGACUACAACAGUAAAGACAACUCCCAAGCCGACAACUCCAAAAACAACUACAGUGAAGACCACAACAGUAAAGACAACUCCUAAGCCGACAACUCCGAAAACAACUACUGUGAAGACUACAACAGUAAAGACAACUCCUAAGCCGACAACUCCAAAAACAACUACAGUGAAGACUACAACAGUAAAGACAACUCCCAUGCCGACAACUCCGAAAACAACUACAGUGAAGACUACAACGGUAAAGACAACUCCUAAGCCAACAACUCCGAAAACAACUACAGUGAAGACUACAACAGUAAAGACAACUCCUAAGCCGACAACUCCGAAAACAACUACAGUGAAGACUACAACAGUAAAGACAACUCCCAAGCCGACAACUCCGAAAACAACUACAGUGAAGACUACAACAGUAAAGACAACUCCCAUGCCGACAACUCCGAAAACAACCACUGUGAAGACUACAACAGUAAAGACAACUCCUAAGCCAACAACUCCGAAAACAACUACAGUGAAGACUACAACAGUAAAGACAACUCCCAAGCCGACAACUCCAAAAACAACUACAGUGAAGACCACAACAGUAAAGACAACUCCUAAGCCGACAACUCCGAAAACAACUACUGUGAAGACUACAACAGUAAAGACAACUCCUAAGCCGACAACUCCAAAAACAACUACAGUGAAGACUACAACAGUAAAGACAACUCCCAUGCCGACAACUCCGAAAACAACUACAGUGAAGACUACAACAGUAAAGACAACUCCUAAGCCAACAACUCCGAAAACAACUACAGUGAAGACCACAACAGUAAAGACAACUCCUAAGCCGACAACUCCAAAAACAACUACAGUGAAGACUACAACAGUAAAGACAACUCCGAAAACAACUACAGUGAAGACUACAACAGUAAAGACAACUCCUAAGCCAACAACUCCGAAAACAACUACAGUGAAGACUACAACAGUAAAGACAACUCCUAAGCCAACAACUCCGAAAACAACUACAGUGAAGACUACAACAGUAAAGACAACUCCUAAGCCGACAACUCCGAAAACAACUACAGUGAAGACUACAACAGUAAAGACAACUCCCAAGCCAACAACUCCAAAAACAACUACAGUGAAGACCACAACAGUAAAGACAACUCCUAAGCCGACAACUCCGAAAUCAACUACAGUGAAGACUACAACAGUAAAGACAACUCCCAAGCCGACAACUCCGAAAACAACUACAGUGAAGACUACAACAGUAAAGACAACUCCCAAGCCGACAACUACGAAAACAACUACAGUGAAGACCACAACAGUAAAGACAACUCCUAAGCCGACAACUCCGAAAACAACUACUGUGAAGACUACAACAGUAAAGACAACUCCUAAGCCAACAACUCCGAAAUCAACUACAACAACUCCCAAGCCGACAACUCCGAAAUCAACUACAGUGAAGACCACAACAGUAAAGACAACUCCUAAGCCGACAACUCAGAAAACAACUACAGUGAAGACUACAACAAUAGAGACAACACCGAAAACAACAACCGAAAAAACAAUGCCGACGACAACAUCUGGGCGCCCCACAGAUUCGACAACGUUACGACCAACCACGAGACCAUCAACUUCUACUACUCCUAGGGGCCAACAUGACAUCCAUAAGCACCAUCACGUUCAUUAUCAUGAUUCGAAUGAUCCUGGCUGGCCGCUCCUUCCGCUGCCAGCGCUUCCUCCUCUGCCAGAACUUCCUCCUCUCCCAGCGCUUCCUGUUCCACCAUUUGCGCUGCCUCUGCCUCUACCAUUUCCUCUUCCGCUUCCAUUGCCGCUAUUGCCAAAGGUAAACUUAACCAAAGUUGAAUUGCCACAGGAUUCAUUACCAGAGGUUUCAUUACCAGAGGUUUCAUUGCCAGAAGUUUCAUUACCCUCUUUUCCUUCUUUGCCACAAUUGCCGAAUCCCUUUGGUGGAUUUCCAAGCUUUUUUUGGAGAUCGAAGCCAAAUGAAAACUAA